UGACAAGACGCGCUGGAGAGUGAUGUCACUCACGGAAGUGAAAGUAAAAGUCCAGCGCUUCUGAGUUCGGACGGGUCCUCCGUGUUUCAGGUUCAGUCUGUGUCAAAAACAUGGAGUGUUUCCAGUUUAACAAGGUUUUGUUAGAGAUUUCUAACGAGUUAUCCUCUAGUCAGCUGGAGCAACUGAAGUUUCUGCUUCGAGACAAAAACUUCGGGAAAAAAGUUCUGGAAAAUAUCGACAAUGGCCUGAAACUGUUUGAGCUGAUGAAGGAGAGAAAUUACCUGGCAGCCGAUAAAACGGAACUUCUCUUAAACCUUCUGAAAGAUAUUAAGCGACAAGAUCUCGCUGAAAAGAUAAACAACUUUAUAAUUCAGCCUGAUCCCAACUAUGGCCUUGACGAGGCGGAGGAAGAAAAAUUAAAAACUGCCACAGAGGUGAUUGCAGAGAAUCUCGGAAAGAAUUGGCGAAAACUCGGCCGCAAACUAGGUUUGACUGAAACCCGGCUGGACUCCAUCUCUACCAGACACCCCUCAGAUCUACAGGAGACGGCAAUGGAGCUGCUCAAGGAGUGGAGGAAGGAUCAAAGAGCUGACGCCCAAGUAAAGAAGCUGAUCGAUGCUUUGAGAGCAUGCCAGAUGAACUUGACUGCUGAUAAAGUAGAGAAAAAGAUUUGCAUGCUUCCAGCCUAAUCUAUAUUAUUAAAGAUUUACACCUCAGCAUGCUCUCUUAAACUGAGAAUUGUUAUUCAAGAAAACAGCAAUCCAAAUUAGUUCAAAUCAUUCAGGCACUGAUUAAUUCUCUCUCUUGUCAGCUUGAUCUUCAGUUGUUUGGAGAAAAAAAUAAUAAACCAAAUAAAGAUCAUUCAAUUAAAGGGAAGAUGCAGUUGAAUUAAUCUUACAAUGCAAUACCUACCAUUGGAAAUAUAAUAUCAAAAGCUCCUUAUCAGUUAAUAUAAUACAGAGAAACGUGUACAUUACAAAAUAUAACUUGUUUCUUUAUGUGCUGAUACAUUUAUUAUUAGAAGGAAGUUGUUGUUUUUGGGCUCUUGCUUUGCGAACGAAAAACUGUUUUCAGUAAAAAUUGUUGUUACUUGUUGAUAUACUGUUGCUGUUUAGUUGAUAAAAGUAAAUUUAGAUAUUUUUUUUAAUGAAUGGAAUACCUGGAGCUUUAGUUAAGUUUUAUACAAAGUGCAGAAAAGAGGAAAAAAUAUUUCAUUUUAAGCCGCUGGGCUCUAACUUCAUUUUGAGAGACAAAUCG